AGGUUCCGCUGUUUCCGCCCGGAACAUCUUAGAAGCGACACCAGUGUACAGCAGCAGUCUGGCUAGAUUUGCUGCUAGCCACAGUGGAUCAGCUGAUAUUUCAGGGCAUGUUCGUGUAGAUGACCGCUUCACCUGCUCGUGAGCUCAGCUCUCUGAAGAUGUGCCGCUGAAGAAUGCGAUAGAUAUUACGCCUGCAGUGAGUUUGGAGACUCUUGUCAUCCCAGUUGUCAUGGAGAAGCCAUGGAGGUUAUGGGGGGCACUGGAGGCGUGCUUGCUGACCAUUUGCUCGUGGUCUUGGGGAGUCUGCCGUGUCUCCCUUCUGGCCCUCAUUCUGACCUUCCACCUGUACGGAGGCUUCAUCCUGCUGGGACUCAUCCUGGCCUCUGUGGCCGGCAUCCUGUACAAGUUCCAGGACGUGCUGCUCUACUUUCCCGACCAGCCCUCUUCCUCGCGCCUUUACGUUCCAAUGCCAACGGGAAUUCCCCACGAGAACGUGUUCAUCCGCACCAAAGACGGCGUGCGGCUCAACCUCAUCCUGCUCCGUUACACCGGCGAAAACCCCGCCGCUGCUCCCACCAUUUUAUAUUUCCACGGCAACGCGGGGAACAUUGGACACCGUGUCCCGAACGCGCUGCUCAUGCUGGUCAAUCUGAAGGCCAACGUGGUACUGGUGGACUACAGAGGCUACGGUAAGAGCGAAGGAGAACCUAGCGAAGAGGGACUGUACCAGGACGCAGAGGCCACUUUGGAUUACGUCAUGGCCCGGCCGGACAUCGACAAAACCAAGGUGGUGUUAUUCGGUCGCUCAUUGGGUGGAGCGGUGGCCAUCCGUCUGGCGUCAUGCAACCCGCAUCGAGUGGCCGCCAUCAUGAUGGAGAACACUUUCCUGAGCAUCCCGCACAUGGCGGCCACGCUGUUCUCUUUCUUUCCAAUGCGUUACCUACCGCUCUGGUGCUACAAGAACAAGUUUCUGUCCUAUAGACAUGUUGCACUGUGCCGUAUGCCGUCUCUCUUCAUUUCGGGCUUAUCAGACCAACUCAUCCCUCCGGUGAUGAUGAAACAGCUGUAUGAGCUGUCGCCGUCUCGGACUAAACGCCUCGCCAUCUUUCCCGAGGGUACUCACAAUGACACCUGGCAGUGCCAGGGCUAUUUUGCCGCCCUAGAGCAGUUCAUGAAGGAGCUUCUUAAAAGCCAUGCCCGAGAAGAGACGGCCCAGGGGACGUCCAACGUCACCAUAAUCUAGAACAGUAACUACUACUGACUGCUCUAAAUCUGGACCCUCUCAGAUAGAAUGUACAAUUUAUUCUCUAUAUUUUAUUAUUUCCCCCCCAACUUCAUAAGCUCUUUCUUUCCAUUGAUCACACACCAACAAUUUAUUAGUUACUAUUUCAUUUAUUUAAUAGAGAAGGCGGACGUUUUUUAAGACUUCAGAAUAUUUUUUUUUGUCAGUUUUUAUAUUAAGUAUGAAUGCAUCUGCCUCGAGAAUUAAAUGCCCUCUGAGUCCUUUUCUUUAUUUUCUGAUUUUGCCCUCAAAAGCAUACAUAAAUCCGUACCACACAUGCAAACGUAAUUGGAAAUCGUUAAUUUACAAUGGUCGGAACUACUUUCUGAGCUUGAACUGUUGAGUUUAUGCGUCAGUUUUAGAGAAGUAGUUUAAAAUUCAUGAGUUACGUAAUAAUGUCUGUGGCUUUAUUUUACUCAUUAAAGACAAACUGCUACUCCAAAAUUCCCUAAGCCUACUGAACUAAACAAUUUUAAUGAACUACUAAACAAAUUGAGAAGUUAUAUUCUUAUUUAUUUCGUUUAUAUGUAAUAUAUAUUCACGCUUUUUUUCCUAAUAGAACAGAGGGCUCUAAAAUAUUUUUUUGCCUUUUUAAAUUCCAGUGAAUACAGUUAAAUGGACCAGGGGCAACUGAUCCUAGUUCACUCAUCUUUGUCUAUGGCAUUUCAUGCAUUCAAUCUUCUAUACCCGGCUGUAAUGUGUUGAAGCUUUAUUUUAUCACACUGCCUUCUUUUUUUACGGAAGGUUUAAAAUCCACUCAGGAAAUCAGCUCAUUGUGGUUUGAUCCCAUGUUUUGGAUUUGCAUAUGGAGCUGUGUGUGAGUAGUAUAGAUUUCUAUACUGAUGUUCAUGCGGGCUACAGUUCACUGUGAGCACUGUAUGAAAAUACCAACACAACAAGACUAAAGUAUGUUUACUCUCUCUCAGGCUUAGUGAUCUUCUGAAAGUUAGAGUGAAAUCGCACAUAGCAGCUGCUUGACAGUGUUCCAAGCACAGUCCAUUUGCACAACUUGUAUAUAAGGUCUUUCCUUUCUCUUAAUAAGAUCAAAUGCUUAACAUCAGAUCUUUACCAAUGACCUGUUUUUAUUUGGAUCAUGUUGAAAAACCUGCCCAUUGGUGACUGUUGCACUGUGUCACACAUCCAUUUUCUAGCAUCUUCCUUUAAAACGCAGAAACAUUCACGACAAUGUAACGAUUAAUCAACUCAAAAAUGAAAAUUGCCGUCAUUUACUCACCAUUUAUGCCUUUUCAUAACUGCAUGGCUUUCUUCAGCGGAACGAAAAGGAGAUAUUUUGAAGAGUACAUUGGCCACUCUUUUCCAUGCACUUGCAGGUAAAAGCCUCAAGUCUCUUCAAAAGGACUCAUUGAUAAAAGUUCACAGCCGAGAAGUUUUGCUGUUCGCUAAAACUAUUUUCCAAUGAGUUGAAUCUGUCCUCAUUCGUUGUAAUUGAAGAUCAACCAGCGCUUUCUUUGAAAUUUCUCCUUUUGUGUUCCACAGGAGAAAGAAAUCAUACAGGUGUGGAAGAGUAAAUGCUGGCAAAAUGAUCAUUAUUUUGGCAUUAUUUAUUGUAUCUAAUCAGGUUCGUGUUUCUGUAGUCUCACAUUGAUGGUUGACCAUCAGGCACCCAUUAAAAGUGAACGGUGGACUUUGCGAACCUCGACCAUUAUGUAGUGUUGCAUCAAUGCACAUACAAAUCUGUAAUUAUUGCAUGCUUUAGAUGCUCAGCACAUUUCGUUUAGCUCUGAUGCACUUUUACGCUCACGUCUUUUGUAAUGCGUGAAAACUGCCUGUGAAUUUUAAGAUGACAGAUUUCAAGGCAGAGUGAUCCUAUGUCAGUUUGCAUGCAGAUAUUGCUAUCUUCAAUCCAGAGGUUAUAUCAGGCUUCCAAAGUCCACCUUUCAGGAUUUUAAGGGCUCUUUCGGGCCCCGUCAUUCUUAAGGGUGCUUACGAGAUUGUAUAGUCGCACAGCUGAGCUCUAGAUGUCUUCAGUUAUGUCUAGUAUUAUUUAUGGUUAUUAGUUAUGUAGUAACAGGACAGUUGUAAUCGAGUAAGAAGUGGAACCAGCCAAUGCAAGAGGAAAAAGUUUCUAAGACGUCAGCUUUUGGAUGGUUUCUAUACAUAAGAUAUUUUGUACAUCACUUUAUUGACCUUUUGAUUUUAAAAGAAAUAAUCUGUAAUGGUCAUUAUUGAUCUUAUAGGCCCGAUUCAUAAGAACUGCCUCUAAAUCUUAUAGGAAAUCAUUUCAAAUUAAAAUGAUUUGCAAUGUGACAUUUAGUUGAACUCAAAGUGACGUGCCAUGAUACCUUAUUGAAUGUUUGUGUGGUUGAGUGUAAACCUUGAAACAAAGAUGCUGAACUAUGACAAAAAAAAUAAAAAUACUACUUAAGAGUUUACUAGAUUUGACUAACGCACCAUUGGCAUGUUCUGGCCAUUCUCUGGGGCUAGUUUGUAUGUUGAAAUCUCAUUUCAUCUUGUUCAUAAUCUGAAUAUAUGAAAUAAUAUAAAGUGCUGCUCAUGUUUUAUAUUUGCUUUUUACAGUAAAUAGCAGAGCGGAAAGAUUCAGUUCUGAAUGUGCAAAGGAGGGUUUUCUUAUUCUUUCGACAUUUGUGUUUUGAGCUAUGGAUUUUCUAUUCGAAUCAUUUGUUCAUGUACAUACAGUUGGAUCACUCUUUCUAUUUUCUGUGUGGUAACAUGCAAUAAAGAAAUCAAACCCUUCUGAUAA